CACCCCCGCUCCCACCUCUACUAGAACCAUCCUACCUCACACCCUGUUGCCCCAGCUGCUGGCUGCUUCACCCUCACUUACUACCCCCAUGCCCCUGCUGUUAGCAUCUGCUAGCUGCUUCUGUGGGUUACAACUAAAGCCAUAUGUCUUGAGCAGUACCAAAUGAUUUAGACUUUUUUUUUUUAAACCUUUGGUGAUGCAGUUGUCCUUUAGUGGGUGCUGCAUUUGUUUCCUAUAAUUUACAAAUACAGGUAUUUUUUCAGAGGCACAGUACCUGUGGCUUUGGUUACAAUCUUGCAUUUUUCUGUCUGUGCUUUGGCUCAUCCCUGCCUCUCUUACCUGCCUAUUACAUGUCUUUCUCUUUCAUGAUACCUUCUUUAUUUCCAUUUCUCCCUCCUCUACCUUUGUCUUUGUGUUUGCAGCCAAGCCGUCGUCCCUCCCUGCAGCCCACCUUCAGUCUGGAUUGUCUGUCUGCUCCCUCUCCUCAUCACCAUUGCCAUCCAAACCAGCGCUUUGCCUCACAGCUUUCCCUCUGCCUUGGAAACCCUCAUCCUUCGUCUCCCUGCACCUCUUCUCACCUCCCCACUCCUCCACUCUACUCAUCAUCUAUGCAACUUCCCCAUCACUUUUCCUCUUCUCCCAAUCCUCCAUCAGCUCAUCUUGAAAAUAACAUGUACUACAACAACACCAAGUUAAAUCCUGAAUCCAAAGCUCAUCCCAGCUUUUUCCUACAGUCUAAUGCUCACUUCUGUUCUCCAUCUCACACCAGUUCAGACAGCCAGUCCAAUGGCAGCUGCCCUCUGAAGACAAAUCCCCCCGCGAAGUCAAACAAUCCCCACCCCUGUCACUUUUCCACACUGCUCUCCCAAUCUAGUCCUUACCUGAACACUCUGCCCUGUAGCAUGUUAGACAUUUGCCCCCACACCCUCAAAAACAUCCAGCCCGAGUCAAAUUCUAAUCUUAAAACCCCACUCUUGCCAAGGUUUGACCCUGGCUGCCAAACUAAUCCCAGUAUCCCUCUACAACCGGACUCCAACCCCCGGCACCAAGUCCGUGCUCUGCAGUCAUGUGGGAGGCCCCCGCUGGGCUCUCAUGCCCCACUCAUGCUUCCACACACAGAGAGAGUCCUUCAAGUUCCCUCUGCCUAUAGUCUGUCUUCCACUAACCAACCACCUAGUCAACUGCCCAGCCACCCUGUAACUACAUAUCCACCUUUUCCCAUCCCCUGCUUUGAAAGACCCAUGUCCAGACCCCUGAAGGCAGGUUUUAAAGCUGUUUUGAUAACUAAAACCAACCUGUUUGUCUUUAUGAAAAAAAAAAAGUUGCAACACUCAGGAUUGUAGCACCUUGAAUAGAUAUCAUGGAGGAUUUAAUGAGGAAUUCCAGUAUUUUUUUAACCUGGGUCCUUUAUUCACACAUGCUACUCUUAGUAAGUAUGAAUCAUUUAGACUUACUGAAUUACAAAUCAUUCAAACUUAUUAAUAAGUUUCGAACCAGCACUUUUAGUGGACGUUACUUUGACUACCAGAGUUGCCCCAAAGGAUUAUGUAGCAGCUAUCACAGCUGUGUCAUGGCUGCCAGCUGAAGUGAUCUGCUCGAUCAGUUGCAAAACCUUUGGCAAAUAUGAAUCAUUUAAAGAACAAAACAUUUAAGUGUCGACUCCAGGCUUGAAAAUACCACAGUUAUAAACAGAAAUUCCAGAUUCAAAGAUUUGAAAAACCAGAUCAGGUCAGUCAGUCCUCUUGAACAAUAAAUAACAUUAUAUUGAAUUUUGAUUUAUUGUGGCUACUGGCUGUGAAUAUAUUUCUGCCUCUUUUGAAACUGCAGGCUAGACUAUUAACGUUUUGGGGGAAAAAAACAUUCUUAGGUAUCAUCUAUCCAGCACGAUAUGUUUCAUCAGGACUGUAUGUUCUGAUUCUGAAGAUUAGAAAUUCAGCACAAACGGAAUUCUAUUGAGAGAAAUAACCUUUCCAAAAGUUGCAACAUUUUUUGAUGCAUGGCUUCAAUAUCAUGUCAGACAAAACUCCAUUCAGUCUUUGAAUCAUUCAUUAUAACUGAGUGCAGUGGCUGUAAAUUACCCUGUUUAAAUGUCACCUUGUUGGCGUGUCCUAUCUGUGUUUGACAUGCAGUUGAAUGUGCUCUAACGUGAUUGAAUGCAGAUACAUGUGUCUGCGCCAGGCGUUGUGUUGAUGUGUCCUCGGAUUAUUACACCCUAUUUCUAGCCUGCUGAGGAUUCCUUUCAUAAACCCUAAAUCCAGUUGGACCCGUAUAACACACGUGGAGCUUAAAUACAGUAUGUCAUAGAUGAGCCAGAUAAAGCAAAUAGUCACAUAAUUGACAACAAAACAUCUUGUGGUCAGCUUUUAUAUUGCACUGCAAUUUCAGUGGAGUGGAGAGAGUUUAAAACAGAUGUUAAACACAUUUUUUACACUAGGUGGAACCCAAAGUCCAGAACUAAUGUUGCCUUAUGAUAGAACAGCUUUCCCACUGCCCAGCUCCAGGGCUCAGCUGUGUCCAAAACGAAGCUUCAACAUUGCCUAAUUCAGUGUAUUGUUAUGAUCGACUUCAUAUGCCAGUGGAGCUUAUUAUAAGAAUAUGUGAAGCAUAGGUUUGAAACAGUUACUAAGAAUACAAAGCCUGUCUCUCUUUAAGCCUGUUUAUAAAGACCUGACUCCCAUCACCUUGACCUAGCUGCUGGGUGCUAGCCAGUAGUAGUACACAUGAGCUUGUUUUGGUCCGCGACCCUGUUUCUGGAAUGGACGUUUAGUCCUUUCACUGAGCUGUAACAUCACCCUGCCUCCCACAUGCCCAUUUGUUAAAGGCCAAGAGAUUUUAAAUAUGAGUUUAGUAAGAAAUCAGAUGGAAAGAUGGCAGUCUAGCUGUAUAAGACUUACCUUCAGUCAGUCUUCUUCUUUUGGCUUUCAAUUUAAAUUCAGAAUUCAGCUCAUAUCUGUGAGUCCUUCCUGCCACAGAGCAUGUUUUCACUCCACUGUUUGGGAGUCAAUGAUUGUGCGAAUUGUGUGAGUAUGAAGAAGCAUGAUGUUAAAAAAAAAAAGAAAAAAAAUCUUAACAACAUUCCUGAAAGUCUUCGUGGAGUUAUGCCAAGGCUCCUAUGGCAUUCAUAUCAAGCAAGUUUGUACAAAACAACAGCAAAAGUAGGCCUGCAUUAAAUAAGAGAGGUCGCAUCACAAUCAGUGUGUGUAUAGGAGGGAUGUAAGCAAUCCAGCAAGCAUUUCUCUCUCACUGCAAAGAAUGUGUGAAUGAUAGUAGACAGGAGAGGAAGAGCGAUGGCAGGUCGUCCACUGGUUGAUUGAUCAAAGAUUGCAUUGUUCUCGUGAACAGAUUAAAAGAAAAGUAUAAAAUGUGUCGCCAAAUUCACUUGGGCGGUUGUUAAUUUAGCUGGGUGGCCACACAUGAAUUUUUGGGCCUAUUUAUUUAUUAGUCUGGUCAUUCUUAUGUUCAAAUAUUCAUUCAGAAGUCUUCAGAUUUUACCAAUAUCUGCCUCACCCUGGUAUGACUCUCCUGUGAACCUCAUCUUCCAAUUUGUCUGUCGUUCUGUCUUGUCUGUCUGUUGUUGUUGUGUUUUAUCUUUCUAUUUUUAAACUGGUUAUUCCCAGGGAGAGGGGGGGUGAGAAUCUCUUUGUGGCAGAUCUAAACUUCUAAAACAUAAUUCUGUUCAUGUUGAGCAACCUUGUGUCUCUCCAUGUAUGAGCAUGUUCACAACAUGCUGUACAUUUCCCUCACGGAGAGUUGUUAAGCUCCUGUUUGUCUCGUCUUCAGUUUCUUUGUAUUGUCUGCUUCUCUUUGUCCUCCCUACUUUUUCUUUCCUUGUCUUUCUCCUUCCUUCCAUCCCUCCCUGUAUUUCUUUGCUGUCUGUUUCCCUUCCUGUGUGUCUUUGUGUCUGUCUUGCUGGCGGAGGUGUGGUCCAGAGAGAGCUACUAUGAGAGGCUGUGGAAGGUAGAGGUUACAACACUGUUGUGCUAGAAAUGAGCUCUGUGUUAGAGAAGUUUAAAUCAUAAAGCAAGAGUGUCUCCAGUCAUCCUAAGUGGGGAAACUGUUCAUCUGCUUUCAGCAGCUUCAUCACAACAAAUCACUAGAACCAACAAGAGAGACAAGAAACAAGGCUGUGUGUUCACCAAGCACUUCUGUUUUUAGCAACUGGUGCCCAGCAAAGGAAGAGAAAAGAAUCACGAGGAGUAAUUGAUUGGCUGUUUUGACUGUUCAUUUAGCAGCAGCUUGGAUUAAGCAGUUUAAUUUCUCAGGAGAAAGUCCCUUGUUUUUCAGAUUGAGAGCAGCAGAGCAUCCCUUUUCCCCAAAUGAGAGACCCCAGUGCUUUAAAGAGAGGUCUUUGGUGAACGUACGAAUAUAACACUUUACUCACCUGUAUAACAUCUAAUCUAGUCGCCUGUAGUCCCCGACUAUAACAUAGUUCAUACCGGUAUUCUAUGGGUGUUGAUGUUUGUAAUAUAGGGAUAGUAAUUAGCACUAGUUUAACUAACAGCUUGCUGGACUUGCAGCCCAGUGGGUGCUCCUCGUUUUGAUUGACAGCUAACCCAGCCACACAAACAGCUCCUGGAGGUUUGUGUGUUGAUUGUCUGAAUGACCUGGUGUCCCGUCUUGUCCAGUUUGUGUAAAAAAAGAUGAACUACGAUUGUAACAUUAUUUUUAUUUUUCUCCCCUCUGUCUAUUUAUCGA